AUGGCUGACACUGCCGCAGGUUUAUUAGAACUCGACUCUGUGUAUCAGACAAAGUUGAAGUCCAAUCUGAGAGAGAAGUUUAAAAGAAUUAAUGAAGGAAUCUCACAGCAUGGAAGCUCAGCACUUCUGAAUGAGAUCUACACUGAGCUCUACAUCACAGAGGGUUGGAGUGGAGACGUCAAUAAUGAACAUGAGGUGAGACAGAUUGAGGCAGCGUCCAGGAGACCAGCAACACAGGAGAAACCCAUCAAAUGUAAUGAGAUCUUUAAAGACAAGUCCAUCAGAACUGUGCUGACUAAAGGAGUUGCUGGAAUUGGAAAAACAGUCUCUGUGCAGAAGUUCAUUCUGGACUGGGCUGAAGGAGAAGUAAAUCAGGACGUCUUCUUCAUGUUUCCACUUCCCUUUAGAGAGCUGAAUCUGAUGAAGCAGAAAAAUCUCAGUCUGAUGAAACUUCUUCAUCACUUUUUCCCAGAAAUAAGAAAACUAGAAUCAAUAGACUGUGACUCCUACAAAGUGGUGUUGAUCUUUGAUGGUCUGGAUGAGUGUCGACUUCCUCUAAAUUUCCAGAAGAAUGAGAUAUUGUGUGAUGUGACAGAGUCAGCCUCAGUGGAUGUGCUGCUGACGAACCUCAUCAAGGGGAAUCUGCUUCCCUCUGCUCUCCUCUGGAUAACCACAAGACCAGGAGCAGCCAAUCAGAUCCCUCCUGAGUGUGUAGACCAGGUAACAGAGGUACGAGGCUUCAGUGAUCCUCAGAAAGAGGAGUACUUCAGGAAGAGGAUCAGUGAUCAGAGCCUGGCCAAUAACAUCAUCACUCACCUGAAGUCUUCAAGAAGCCUCUACAUCAUGUGUCACAUCCCAGUCUUCUGCUGGAUCUCAGCCACUGUUCUAGAGAGAAUGUUGGGUGAAGCAGAGGGUGGAGAGAUCCCCAAGACUCUGACUCAAAUGUUCACACACUUCCUGAUCUUUCAGAUCAAACACAAGGACCAAAAGUACCAUCAGAAAUGUGACCCUGAUCCUCAGCAGACCAGAGAGAGUAUCAUGGCACUGGGAAAACUGGCUUUCCACCAGCUGGAGAAAGGAAACCUGAUCUUCUAUGAGGAAGACCUGAGAGAGUGUGGCAUUGAUGUCAGAGAAGUGUCAGUGUACUCAGGAGUGUGUACCCAGAUCUUCAGAGAGGAGUUUGGGCUUCACCUGGGGAAGGUGUUCAGCUUCGUACAUCUGAGUGUUCAGGAGUUUCUGGCUGCUUUAUAUGUAUUUUUCUGCUUUAUUUUAAGAAAUACAAAUGUGCUUGUGGGGCAAAGCACUGGACUUUUUAAUUUCUUCAGAAAUCCAAACCUGUCUGAUCUCCUCAGGAGUGCAGUGGACAAGGCCUUACAGAGUGAGAAUGGACACCUGGACCUGUUCCUCCGCUUCCUUCUGGGUCUCUCACUGGAGACCAAUCAAACUCUUUUACGAGACUUAAUGCCACAGACAGGAAGCAGAUCUCACAGCAAACAGGAAACAGUGAAGUACAUCAAGGAGAAGAUCAGGGAGAAUCCAUCUCCAGAGAAAUCCAUCAAUCUGUUCCACUGUCUGAAUGAACUGAAUGAUGAUUCUCUACUGCAGGAAGUACAAACAUACUUGAACAGAGGAGGUAACAGUCGUCUCAGUAGAAUCAGACUCUCUCCUGCUCAGUGGUCAGCUCUGGUGUUUGUGUUACUGACCUCAGAACAGAAGCUGGAUGUGUUUGAUUUGAGGAAAUAUGAUCCAUCACAUGAAGGUCUUCUGAGGCUGCUGCCAGUGGUCAAAGCCUCCAGAAAAGCUGAUCUGCGUCACUGUAAUCUGAUAGGGGAAAGCUGUAGAGUUCUGUCCUCAGUUCUCAGCUCAAACUCCUCCAGUCUGAGAGAACUGAACCUGUGUUACAGUAAACUGCAGGAUUCAGGAGUGAAGCUGCUCUCUGAUGGACUGAAGAAUCCACACUCUACACUGGAGAUACUGUGGCUGUGUGAGUGUAAUCUGACAGAGGAAAGCUGUAGAGUUCUGUCCUCAGUUCUCAGCUCAAACUCCUCCAGUCUGAGAGAACUGGACCUGAGUAACAAUAAACUGCAGGAUUCAGGAGUGAAGCUGCUCUCUGAUGGACUGAAGGAUCCACACUGUAUACUGGAGAAACUGUGUCUGUGUGAGUGUAAUCUGACAGAGGAAAGCUGUAGAGUUCUGUCUUCAGUUCUCAGCUCAAACUCCUCCAGUCUGAGAAAACUGGACCUGAGUAACAAUAAACUGCAGGAUUCAGGAGUGAAGCUGCUCUCUGAUGGACUGAAGGAUCCACACUGUACACUGGAGAUACUGUGGCUGUUUCAGUGUAAUCUGACAGAGAAAAGCUGUAGAGUUCUGUCCUCAGUUCUCAGCUCAAACUCCUCCAGUCUGAGAGAACUGGACCUGAGUUACAAUAAACUGCAGGAUUCAGGAGUGAAGCUGCUCUCUGAUGGACUGAAGAAUCCACACUGUACACUGGAGAUACUGAGGAUGAUUAACUGCAGUAUUACAGAUGAAGGUUGUGCUGCUCUGGCUUCAGCUCUGAGGUCAAACUCCUCAUCACACCUGAGAGAACUGAAUCUGUACAAUAAUAAACCAGGAGAAUCAGGAGUGAAGCUGCUCUCUGAUCUACUGAAGGAUCCACACUGUAAACUGGAGACACUACACAUUAAGUAUAAGACACUCACCAGGUCUGGUGUAUGACAGGAGUCUCUCCUCAGACCUUUUUUCCAGAAUAAAUCAGUUAUGGUGGUGAAGCGUUAGAACACGUCCCACAUUUCCAGCAGUUUGGGAGCUGAAUCAUUCAUAUUCAGAUGUAGAAGAUCCAUAACAUUAACUGUGACUGAUCACAUCCUUUUAUCCUCUCAGCUACAACUUCACACUUUAACAUCUUUUACAAUCCAAAGUCAAAUCCUUCAGCAUCUACACACAACACAGAGAUAUCAUCACAUCAUCACACUGAUUACACAAACACACAUCCAUGUGUUACAGAUGUUUAGAGAUUAUUUUUAUCUCUUUAAUUGGAUCUCAAAUUAGUUUCUCCACAGAUGAUUGACUCACAGUUGUGAUCUUGAUUUAUUUAUUUUCCUUUAAAAGUGUCUUCUUUUCAAACCCUUUUCACCAAACACUUUUAAAAUCUUUAUUAAAAUUCCUUUAAACAUUAAA